UAAGUCAGAUAACCCUGAAAUAUCGUUGUGAUUGGAUAUUCUCCUGUCGAAAGUAAAAAUGCGUUUCGCGAUUUUGUUCGGAUUUAUUGUUUGCCUGGCUCUAAGCCUCGUUGUGACCGCCAAGAAAUCCACCAAUUCGCCGUCGGUGGAGAAGGAUACUGGAAAGGCUAUGGAGUCUGGAGUGCGUGCUAAGCGGCAGAUCGUUAUUAAUCCCUAUGGAGCACCUCUCGGCUACGGACGCUAUGGUUAUGGUGGCAUCUAUGGUCGUCCCUAUUUGGGAGGUUACGGACCCUUCUACGGACCCAUCUAUGGUUAAAUCCACUACAACUUUUGUUCCACCAAUAAACUGAGACUGGAAAAUGUG